UGCUUUGUCUAACAUCUGCCAAAAUCAGCUGCGCAGUGGAGUAACCAAAGCCCAGCCCCUACAACGACGCGCACUUCUAACUUCAACACACCCAACGACGGUUCUAACACACGCUCUCUACCUGAUACUUUCUCAAAUAAACUACAUCGUGUGAUUAUUAAGGAUUGGAGGUUCCCAGAGGCAUCACUAGCAGACAGAAGGAGGGUAUAAUCAACCUCGCAUCAUGGGUAGCUACGCUCGCUCAGUCCAAGAAAAGAUGCUGGCUAACCUGACAUCUCUGAUCUGGGGCAGUGAGAGCACACCAACGACCACUACCACCACCACCAGUGCGGUUGUCACCACCACCACCACCUGCCCAACCAGCGAGGUGGAGGCGCCCGAGACCCAGUCACUAGUCAAUAUCAGAGCCAGCACACCCGCAGAUGAGGAGGAGUCUGACUGGGUCUUGGUCGACAGAGCUGCAGAGGUUGGUGAAGCGAGUUAUGGUGAGGGCCAGGGUGUCCAGCUGAUAGCAACAACAACAAGAAGAUCAACACGAUCAACAACAGCAGCAGCAGCAGCAUCCAUACCAACGUCACCAAUAAGCAUUAGUGGAGAGACGUGUGAAGGUGGUACGCAGGGAUGGCUCAUGACCCCACCACCGUGCUUCACACGCUCGCAGACGGCCCCAUUAGCCACCUCUCCUUUAGAAAAUCUGCUAAUAGAACACCCCAGCAUGUCUGUCUACCUGCCACGCCCCACUUACACCAGUGCUGCCAUCGCAAGAAUAUUUCCACGACGCAUCAUGUCUCACUCCUCCCCAUCUUCCCAUUCUCCCCCUUCAGCUUCUCCCUCCUCCCAGCCCAGCCCUGUUGAGAAUGAAGAUUCCCCCAUGAGGGAAGAUGCUGGUGAUGAGGCUGGCAGGCAGGUUGUAGAGGCCCCAGCUACCCGCUCAAGUGUGAGUCAACGUGCAGCCACCCUCCUCCAAGCCAUUGAUGUGCUCAGGCCAGCACAAAAGGCUCAGCGUCGUCGAGAGGAACGACGUCUAAAGCGCAAGCCCCUAGAACGCAGUAACAAAGCACGGGAGGUGGCAGCUGCUGGCAAUAAACGUGCGAAGCGAAAUGACAUGAUGGUGCCUGGUAAAUUCUCCCGUGCAGUGAACAACCGCAAGUGCUAAAACUGACUGGCUGUGAAAAAGGGGUAAAAAAAAAGAUGUUCUAUUAAGCAAACACAAAUACAUUAAGCUGAACAUCACAGUAGCUAAUAGAAGAAUGAUGAGCAUUUUGUGUAAAUUGCUGACUUUUUCUAAUUUAGGAGUUAUUGUAUUUAUUAAAUGGGACUUUGUUUUUUUAUUGUGAGAAGUCAGUUAGUCUUUUUAACCCAUAUCAGUUUGUUUUAUUUUUUUUUUUAUGUAUUUAUAAUGAUAUUCAGUGGCAAUUGAUGGUAUAAUUUAGAACAACUUUCACCCCUUUGACUAAUUCUUGUACUACAGUUUUGAAAGUAUGUGACAGUGUAGGCAAAUGCAUAUUGAUUUGUGUUUCUUGAAGAUAUGUAUGUAAUCAAUGGUAUAAUUCAGGUUUCAAUAUUUUGUUUUGUUCCUUUUCUAAGGGUUCUCUAUGUCCUUGAACACCCUUGUUUAUUUUAUUAUUAUUAUUUUUUAUUUAUUUUUUAAUCUUAUGACAUCAGUUUUGGGAAAUUAUUGUUCAACUGUUCUUGAUUUUGAUAGUUAAACCUAGGCUGUGUGCUGAAUAUUAUUAUUUUUUUCACACAUGAAUGUAAUUUGAAUAACAGUCUUUUCAUGCAUGACUAGGACUCAUUAGAUUAACCUUGAAAUGCCUUUAAUGCUCUCCUAAAUAUAAACUUCUGUCUAAAUGUUCUUGGCAUACAGCACUGAUGCUACCCAUCUACUGUAAUUAUAAUGUCACAUGUUAAAGUUACUCCAGAUCUAUGUUUGAUUUGUAGUUCAACGUAAUAUUGCUUUUACCAGAUACUGAAGUGAGAAACUUAGGAUUAAGGAAAAAUAUAUUAAAAACGAUAAAAUGAAAAAUGUAUAUAUAAAAAGGUCUUUCAUAAUUGUGUGAAUGUAGCACACUUGCUCAUGUGCAUGUGACUGUAUACGUGAUUUACAAGCUGUUUUUAGUAGAUGACUAAGGCCCAUACUGUGUAGUUGUUACCCGUGUGCACCAGAUCGCUAUUGCCAUUCUGUCAUGUCCUGAGAACCACUCGCACUGCCACAAAUGGAUGUGUAAGGGUACCCAAAAAGUAGAGUUACUAUAUUUAAGCUAUUGAGAAUGGCAAUAUUUCUUUUCUAGUGAUAGUUAUGGCAGUAUUUAAUGUAUAUAAAAUGAGCCUGCUGGUUUUAUGAUGUAAAAGAUCUCAUGAGUGUAAUAAUAAUAUUGACCUAGUCUGUAGGUGCUCUGAUGUAGAUGUGAAAAUGUCAAGUACUAGAGGAUACUUGUUGUGUAAUGAUAUGUAUUCUCAGUGGCCACACCUUCCAUUAUAUUUUACAAAGGCAAAUAAUGCAUUAUAUAUUAAUGUAUGUAUUAUCAUGGUGUAUAUUAAAUGCUGAACUUUGAGAGGAAAAUCUGUACAAAAUAAUCUUAUUUGAAGCUGUAUUUUAGAGAUUGACUAGCUGUACUCAUGGAAAGACACACACAGCUCAGGGAAUCUGUAGUGUUAUCUUGUGUCACAUUGAAACUCCUCUCCGUGUUCAGAGAAUACGGUGCCACUCAUGUCUCCAUCAUUCCAGUGUCAUACAAGAAGCCUGUCAUGUGGCAUGAUGUCAAGGCAUCUAAAUCCUUUGACAUGUAAAGGCAUCGUCAAGUUAUACAAAUAAAUACAAGUGACUAUUACAAGUACGUAGCUCCCGUUGAAUGAGUUGAACAGUCACAUGUUGCUGUAUUGUGAGGAGUUAACCACAUGGCUCACAAAAAAAAAAAAAAUAGAAGGACGGAACUUCUUUAUUACAGGCACAAAGUGUAUAUCGAUUUUCAUUUGUAUGUAAUAUUGUAAUUUAAUCUGUACUUCAGUUGAUGUAUGGAUAAGCUUAGUGUAAAUACUGUAUAGUAUUUUCCAAUCAAUGUAAAUUCAUUUAUUUAUUUUUGUGUUUGAGGCCAAAACACAGUUCCAUCUUGUACAACCUUUGUCAUCAAAGGUUUGAGUAUACAGUAUGAUCCAGAUAAAAUGUGAAUUUUUUAAA